AAACAUGCUGGAAGGGGCGGGACCUGAGGUAUCUCAUGUCGUCAACGCGAGGGGCUUUGUUGUUCCUUCGAGACACAAGUCGGGAAAAAAUAACUUUUUGAUUUAAAAUAAGACAAUCUGUGUGAUAAUAGUUUGCAACCAUUAGGGUCGGUGCCAUGGCACUGUGAUCUGGACUGGAGGUGUACGGUAUCAUGUACAGUAUUGGGAAAAGUGCCUUCUUGGAGGAAUACAGCUAGCGGAAGGAAUUCCAGGGAAGACGGGAAAAAAUCUCGGCAGGGAUGCCAUCAGCAAGUUGGAAAAAUGUAUUUCACGCCACGAUAUGGGAUUGAUCCACCUCUCCGCGGAAUUAUGUGCACGUUUGAUUAAUCCCCGGUGCCGGAAAGGAGCGUGUUGUGUGCUUUACAACUAUUGUUCGGACAGUUAGCAAGUUAGCCACGUAGCUAUGGCUAGGAAGACAUUUAAAAUGGCGGAGGAUUGGCCCGUGUCUGUGGCCGUCGUCUUCAUGUUGUUGGGUUUGAGUGCCUGUGCACUGGAGCCCUGUCCUGAUCCAUGCUCGUGUAAAAGUGGCUCCGACGAGAUACAUAUCCUGGACUGCAACCGCAAAAGACUUACGACAGCUCCUCGUAACCCCCCUAACUGGAUCACCCAAGUGAGCAUGAAUCAUAACGAAUUGACUUCUAUUCCUUCCAUUGGGGACGUCUCCUCCAACGUCACGUCGUUGUCAUUGAUCCACAACCGGAUCUGGGAGCUACCUCUGCAUCAGCUGCAGCCGUACACAUCCUUGGAGUCCCUAGACCUCGCCUCCAACUCUAUCUCUGUGCUCAAGGCCUUCCCCUCCAUGCCGCUCAAAUACCUGAAUCUGAGCAACAACAAGGUCAGCACGCUGGAGCCGGGCUGCUUCGACAACAUCUCCAGCACCCUGUUGGUGCUCAAACUCAACCGCAACCGGCUGGCCCUGCUACCCUCCAAGGUCUUCAAGCUGCCCAUGCUAAACUUCCUUGAGAUUAAACGCAACAAGAUCAAGGUGGUGGACAGCCUGACCUUCAAGGGGAUGGAGGCCCUCCGCUCCCUGAAGAUGCAGAGAAACGGCAUCACCAAGCUGAUGGACGGAGCUUUCUUUGGACUCAACAACAUGGAAGAGCUAGAGCUGGAGCACAACAACCUGACGGAGGUAAGUAAGGGCUGGUUGUACGGCCUGCGGAUGCUGCGCGUCCUGCAGCUCAGCCAGAACACCAUCGGCAUCAUACGAGCAGACGCCUGGGAGUUCCUCCAGAAGCUCGAACAACUGGACCUCUCCUUCAACCACCUGACGCGUCUGGAGGACACGGCCUUCGUGGGCCUGGGCCUCCUGGAGAACCUGAACCUGGGGGAGAACACCAUCAGCCACCUGGGAGAGGGGGUGUUUGGCGGCCUGGCCAGCCUCCGCAGCCUGGAUAUCCGCAAUAAUGAGAUCUCCUGGGCCAUCGAGGACUCCAUCAGCGUGUUUGAGGGCAUGAAGAAGCUCAACACUCUUAUUCUCCAGAGGAACAAGAUCAAGUCCAUCACCAAGAAGGCCUUCCAGGGCUUGGAGGAGCUGGAGCACCUGGACCUGAGCAAGAACGGCAUCAUGUCGGUCCACCCCGACGCCCUGGCUCACCUGAAGCUGAAAUCCUUUAUGCUCAACACCACAAGCCUUCUGUGUGACUGCCAGCUGCAGUGGCUGGGCCAGUGGUUGAUUGACAGCCAUUUCCACCAAUCGGUCUCUGCUGUGUGUGCCCACCCGGCCAGCCUGGUGGGGCGGGACAUCCUGUCUGUCACUGCCGAGGAAUUUGUUUGUGAUGACUUCCCCAAGCCGCGCAUCUCGGCGCACCCGGAGACGGCCACGGCGCUGCGGGGCACCAACGUGACUCUGAGCUGCGUGGCGUCCAGCAGCAGCGACUCGCCCAUGGCCACGGCCUGGCGCAAGGACGGCGAGGUGCUGUACGACGGGCAGGUGGAGAACUACGCCCGCUACCAGCAGGGCGAGCUCAGCUACACCACCGUGCUGCACCUGCUCAGCGUCAACUUCACGGACGAGGGCCUCUACCAGUGCGUGGUCACCAACCACUUUGGCUCCAACUACUCUCACCGCGCCCGGCUCACCGUCAACGAGCUGCCCUCCUUCCUGAAGACGCCCAUGGACCUGACCAUCCGCACGGGCACCAUGGCCCGGCUGGAGUGCGCCGCCGACGGCCACCCCUCCCCGCAGAUCGCCUGGCAGAAGGACGGCGGCACGGACUUCCCCGCCGCCCGCGAGCGCCGCAUGCACGUCAUGCCCGACGACGACAUCUUCUUCAUCGCCAACGUGAAGACGGAGGACAUGGGCGUGUACAGCUGCACGGCGCAGAACGCCGCCGGCAGCCUGUCGGCCAACGCCACGCUGACCGUACUGGAGACGCCGUCCUUCAUGCGCCCGCUGGAGGACCGCACGGUGGCGCGCGGCGAGACGGCGGUGCUCCAGUGCAUCGCCGGCGGCAGCCCCGCCCCCCGCCUCAACUGGACCAAGGACGACGGGCCGCUGGUGCUCACGGAGCGCCACUUCUUCGCCGCCGCCAACCAGCUGCUCAUCAUCGUGGACGCGGGGCCCGCCGACGCCGGGAAGUACACCUGCGUCAUGUCCAACACGCUGGGCACGGAGCGCGGGCACAUCUACCUGGGCGUGUCGCCGUCGGCCAACUGCGACACGGGCACCUCGUACGACCCGGACCACUGGGCCACGGUGGGCAUCGUGGUGAUCGUGGUGGUGUGCUGCGUGGUGGGCACCUCGCUGGUCUGGGUCAUCGUCAUCUACCACAUGCGCCGGAAGAGCGAGGACUACAGCAUCACCAACACAGAUGAAAUGAACCUGCCGGCAGACAUCCCCAGCUACCUGUCCUCCCAGGGCACCUUGUCGGAGCCCCAGGAGGGCUACAGCAACUCGGAGGCUGGCAGCCACCAGCAGCUCAUGCCCCCGCUGUCCAACGGCUACGCCCACAAGGGCACCGACGGUGUGUUCUACGGGGACACGGGCCUGGAGCUGGAUAACGAGGGCGGGACGCUGCACUGCAGGGUGGGCUCGCUGUUCCCCGGCAGGAGCAGCUUCCAGCCGGGGGAGCAGCCCCGAGGAGACGGCCUCCCCGGUGCUCCCACAGCAGGUGGCGCAGGUUCGCUGGUCAUCUGCUCCGACUGCUACGACAACGCCAACAUCUACUCCCGCACCCGGGAGUACUGCCCCUACGCCUACCUGGGGGCGGAGGAGGACGACGUGGGUCUGGGGGCCCCCCGCGGCCCCCCCAGAGAGGACGCCACGCUGGAGGGCCUCAUCAGCCAGCAGGACCCCUCCGCCUCCAACUCCUCCUACGGGGGCCUCCACCCCCCCUCGCACGGGGAACGUCUGGGGGGCCCGGAGCCUGGAGAGUGCUACGCCACCGACCCGGCCAGCAGGAGCUUCUGGGGUGAGGGAAAGGAGCCUGUGGUUUCCCAGCUCCCCGUCCCGCUGGCGCCCCCCUCUGGCCACAGGUCGGAGCAGCAGCAGCAGCAGCAGCAGCAGCAGCAGCAGCAGCAGCAGCAGCAACAACACAACAGUAGCAGCAGCAGCUUCCCAGGCACUGCUCACACGCAAGCCGUCAACAACACAAGUGGAUCCCAUAGGACUAACACACAGGAGCAUCCUGCUCCCUCAUAGGCUAGGCUUGCCCUAGCCCCCCCCCCCCCCUAAACACACACACACACACACAC